GAAUGGAGGGCAUGAUAGAUUUUCGGGCUUUGGAAAAAGAGUUGCAAGAAGCUGUGGCUGCUGAUGAAAAGUACCAGAGAGAAAAUGAGGCCAAGUUCCGAGCAGUGCGCCAGAAAGUGGCAUCUUAUGAAGAAUUCAGGGAUAUUGUUUUAGCUUCACACUUGAAGCCUCUGGAGAAAAGGGACAGGAUUGGAAAUAAAGCAAAGGUACCAUGGAACUCCUGUGUAAGAAAAGCAAGCCACAAACAAGAAAGCAAAGUGGAGCUGCCUCAGGAAUUGCAGCACCUUCCUGAGACUUCAUCAGAGUUCUACAGAAAUUGGCGCAGAUGCAUGAAAAGCAGCCAAGAACAGUACCAGUUCUUGCUUCAACUUGGGUCCCAGAAGUUGGGCCAGAUCUUCCAAACAGAUCUUGCUUUUGGUCUCCUGGGGGAAUUUCUAACAGUGCUCAGUGAAAAUGUCUGUGGCAAAGACCGAGACUCUGUCUUGGAGAUCUUGGAGAGUCUUUCAGGCACCAAACGCUUUGGGCUGAACGUAGAACUCCUGAGCUGGGAAGAGAAGGAAAGUUGCAGGAAUUUGUUUGAGAAACUACGCAUGAUGGAGACAGGCCCUGUGUGUUCUCCCAAAUUUGUACACAAAGAAAGUACCUCAGUUACCCAAACCAGUGGCCAGAGCGAUGGAUCAACAGAAAGAAAAUGGAUGGAACUGAUGCACCUUUACCAAGCCCCUUGA